UUCCGGGAGGGGCCUGCGAGUAGACGUUACCCGCUGCGAGGUGUGAGAACGGGAUGCCGGGUGGGCUCGGCUACGCGAACCCCGGCCCGCGGCCAGCUGGCUCGGCCUGGGCUACAGCGGCUGGCCCGAGGGGGCGUCCUGGAGCCGGCAGCCACGCCGCGCCAAAAGUUCCGGUGUCUUUGGAGGCGGCGCCUAGGCCACAGAGGUGCUGUCCCAGCCGCUGCUCACUUGUCCUGGACCCCACAACUUCUCGCUGGGGUCGGUGGGCCCCAGGCUACGGCCGGGACGUCAGUGCGCGCGGUCUGCGCCCCGCCGCGGCGGGUACUUCUGGCGUCCGGGCAGUCGUUCCCCGGCCAGCUGAGCAGCCGGGCAAACGACAUCUUCGCAGCGCCCCCGAGAAUCUCGCAGACUUCAGUGGAACUGUCCCUCCGCCUCGCCGCCCCCUCCGCUGUGAGAUGGCAGCACCGCGCCAGAGCAUUGUGAGUUCUGCGACCUCGAGGUCAAGCCAUGCAAAUGACGUUUGGAAUAACAUUUGUAAAUUCACUGAUGAACUGGUGAAGAGGUUUCCAAAUUCAAAAAUGCGGAUGUCCUUCAUCACCACCUCCACACAGAACAGCACCCUCAUGAAGCUCACCUCAAACAGAAAUACAAUACGUGAUGGUCUUAAGAAACUUGAGAAUAUAGUGCCUACCGGAGCCACAAACCUGGACGAAGGAUUUAAAAAGGCAAUUGAGCAGAUCAGACGAGCAAACUCUGGAGGCAACAGUGCUGCCAGUAUGAUUGUUGCUCUUACUGCAGGACCACUGCCACCAACGGUAUUUGAGAAGACUAAGUCCGAAGCUAAGAAGGCUCGUAAGAUGGAUGCCAAAGUUUAUGCUGUGGGUGUAAAAGACUAUAAAAGUGACCAGCUGGCUGGCAUUGUAGAAAGAAAAGACCAGUUUUUUGGGAUAAAAAGUGGCUCCAAGACCCUGGAAGACAUUGUUAACGUGAUAGGUGAGCUGGUGGUAAAUUCCUGUCAUGAAAUCAUGGAUAAGGAGAGUUACUUUGUUUGUGUAGGAGAAGGAUAUGAAUUUACAUUUUAUGAUACUGAGUUAGAUGAACACACGAUGGAUGAAAUUGUUUGCAGAUAUAAGUUGGACGAUGCCGAUACCUUCGAUAAAAAACCCGUAUAUAAGGAUGAUGAGUCUUUAGCUUGCCCAGGACAUAAAUUUGAGAAGCCCGGCCAGGUGGUCGUCGUUGAUUACAGCCUGAACAAUGGUGUUACCUUCAUUGCGGAGAGCAUGAAAGUCACCAGCAUGAGUUGUGGCGGAACAGAGCCCACAGAUGCUCCGAAGGCGGUGACAUCAGUCCCCACAGUCACAAAGAAGACGACAGUGCCCACAACCACCACAAGGAGGACCACAGUGUCCACAGUUCUCACAAAGACGAUGACACUGCCCACGACAACCACAUGGAGGACCACAGCAUCCACGGUUGUCACACAGGAGACACCAGGAACCACAGCUGUCCCAGAAAAGCCUACUCCUGAGUACCUGGACUACCUGUUCCCAUUGUCUGUCCCAACUCUGAUUGUUAUCGUGGUGGUGAUCUGCUGUCUCUGUUGCUACAGAAAGCCCUGCAGAGAGCCACCAGUGCCGAAAAUAAUAAUGAACUCAGAGAGAUGUGUAAAGACACGCGCCCCGGUGAUUGUCCCUUCUUGUAUGUACCAGGAACACACGAUAAGACGGAUAGAGGUGAGAAGGGCCUUUAGGUGGGGCUGA